AGCGCCAUUCGAAAAUUUCAAAACUUUCAUGAAAUCAUCAAUUCAAACCAAAUUCAGAUUCACAAAUCCCACAUUUUCCCUCUUUCUUCUCCAUCCCUCUUCCCAUUUCGUCAUCCAGUCGGUCACUUCAACCCCUCAUUGAAUCUAAUCUCGCAUCAAUUCAUCUCAAUUACCCAUCAGGUAACGCAUUUCACACUCCAAAACCCACUCAAACACUUCAAAUCACCCAGAUUCACAACCCCUUUUUCAUGCUUCAACUGAUCUACAAGGUUUCAACAAUUUCUUGAACUAACCCUUGGAAAGAUUCAAUCUUUGUCUUGAAAUUGUUACUAAUCAUGGUUCGUGAACAGAGCAUCGAGUCAUUUUACGGUAAAUUGCGCGAAUCUGCUUUGGGGUCUGCUAACAAUACCCCUUUGUUAAUAUUCCCAUCAACUUCUGAUGUUGACUCUCUAUGUGCUUUAAAGAUUAUAUGUCAUGUGUUGGAAUCUGAUUCUGUUAGGUAUGCUUGUUAUCCUGUUUCUAGUUUUAAGGAGAUUCAUAAGUAUGCUGGCCCUAGUUUGAGUUCAUUAUCUGAUGAUCCUGUUACCAUACUUCUGAUUAAUUGGGGGUGUCAUAGGGAUCUUAGGAAGGUGUUAGAUUUAGGGCCUGUGGCUCGGGUUUUUGUCGUCGAUAGUCAUCGGCCGAUUCAUUUGCAUAAUCUUAGUGAAAGGAAUGAUAGGGUGGUUGUUUUGUAUACUAGGGAUGAUGAGAAUCAGGCGGAUUUGUCGUAUGAUUUUGAUGUGUCGGCGUUGGCGGCUGCGAGUGACUUGAAUAGUGAUGAUGAAGUGGAGGACGAUGAGUCGGACAGUGACGAAGAAAAUGAGAGUGAUGGGGAUGAGGAUGAGGAUGGGAAUAGAAAAAGAAGACGGGUUUCGGAUGAUGAUGAGACUGACCCGUUGAAGCUGUUUAGGAAGCUCAAAAAGGAGUAUUAUCAUAUGGGUACUUUUCAUGGGAAGCCGUCGGGUUGUUUGAUGUACGAGUUGUCUAAUUACUUGAGGAAAAACACUAAUGAUUUGCUGUGGCUAGCGUGUGUGGCGUUAACUGAUCAGUUUGUUCACGAGAGGUUAACGAACGAGAGGUACCAAGCUGGUGUGAUGGAGCUUGAGCAGCAUAUAAACAGUUCAGGGAAUUUAGGUGCGGUCAGUUCGGUAACUCUUAAAGAUGGAACUAUUGUUUGUGCACCGGAUGCUUCAAGAAUUGCUUAUGAAGAUGAGCCGAGGCUCAUGCUAUUGCAAGAAUGGAACCUUUUUGAUUCGAUGUUAUGUUCUUCUUACAUAGCAACAAAGUUGAAAACAUGGAGUGACAACGGGACUAAAAAGCUCAUGUUACUUCUCGCUCAGAUGGGAUUUGCACUUGACGAGUGUAAACAGAAGUUUCGUUUCAUGAGUGUUGAGAUUAAGAAGAAAAUGAAAGACGAGUUUGAACAUUUUCUACCCGAUUAUGGUUUGAACAACUUUUAUUAUCGCGGGUUCUUGUUGUUACACGGAUAUAGCUCAAAAAUCUCGGCUGCAGAUGUGGUUUAUGGAAUCACCGCACUUCUAGAAUCUUCCGUUGAUUCAAACAGCUGUGCUUCCAAACAAUUCGGAGAAGCAUACGAUGCAUUAUCGUUAAGGAAACUCGAAAAGCUAGAAAUGGGCAUGAGGCAUGCAAUCAAGAUCCAACGGGCUAUUCUUCGACAAGGAAGCACUGCCAUAACUCGAAAGGGUUCAAUAAGAAGCGGGACCAAGUUCCGAUGGGUCAAACUUGAAGAUUCAGCUGAUGCGAAAUUACUGGGAUGCCCUCAAGCUUUAACAAAGUUCGGGUAUUUCAUAAUGGACGCGUUAAGAGAAAAAGGCGCAAGAUUGAAACCUUUGGUAUGCGUUUGCUACAUUCAAGAACGAGAAAAGGUUCUAAUUGUCGGAGUUUGCGGUAAACCAAGGCUGGGAGCCGUUCAAGGAAAUGCAUUCGGGAUUGCUUUUAGAAACGCAGCUGAGGAGACUGGUGCUGAGUUUUUUCACGAGCUUUUUGAGUCGUCGUGGAUCGUUUUGGAAGCUGUUGCGGUUAAUGAUUUCAUGAUCAAGCUAACCGAGAAGCUAAUAUGAUCAUUUAUGUCCAAAAGUUGGUAUAACCAAUCUGUCUGGUUUAAUUGAUAGUUGUUUCUUUUUAUGUAUGAUUUAUCUUGUUGUUUAGUGUCUGCAAAGUCCUUCAAUAAUGAAGAUUUGACCAAAUUUGAACUGACCCAUGUAAAAUGAAGGCUGUAUGUUUGCCUAUAUUCAUAGUUUUUUUACGAUCUUAGGUUUUGUAUGAUGAAAACUGCAUUUAGUUUC